AUUGAUGACUGGAGGAAACAUUUAAAAGCAGCAGCGGGUGUCUGGGUUUGCCAGACAGCGCAGGGGAAGAAUCCACAGCACAUCACUGGAUUGUCCUCGAGACCGGGCUGUGACUGCCCACCUCUGGGUGUUUCCUUUGGGUUAGACAAUCUUUACUCAUCCAGACUCCUGCCACCCUGCCUGCCGAUCCACAGCAGUGAUGAGGUCCCGGCUUCUGCUGCCUGUUCCCCACUUGCCAACCAUUCGGGAAACUUCUGAAGAGUUAUCACAUGGGACACCUGGGCAGGAACCCCCAACUUCCCCCAGCCUGGAUGAUUACGUUAGGUCUAUUUGUCAGCUGGCACAGCCCACCUCAGUGCUUGACAAAGUCAUAGUCCGGAAUCAACCCCAGAGACCCUACCGGACAGCCUGGACUAGAGAGAAGAGAUGCCAGGUCGAGUCUCAAGGGGACAGCUCUCCUUGCUUCAGCAGCCCACAGCCCCCGCUGCCCUCUCCUGGCAAUGACAACCCUCUGGACUGGCUCUUCGGGAAGUCCCAGGAACAACAGACUGAGAGGAGAGACCCGCCCAAUGGGACCAGCUCUUCGGAUCACUGGGGUGUGCACAAACAGAUGGACAAGGACAUGGGGAGGCUCUGUGAGGCCAGGGUACCCGAGUGCUCUCUGGGAAGAAAAUCAGGGCAUAGGCAGACCUCCAACCUGAAAAGCUGGACUUCUAGAAAGUCUCACCCGGCCUUCGCCUCUGUCUCCGGCUCCCGCCCCAGAGGCAUCCUCAGCACCCUGUACUUGCACCUCCCAGUGAUCCAUGAACUCUAACCCUCCUGGCAGGGCUGCGGGGACUGGACAAUUCCUAGUGAGACCCGACAUCUAAAGAAUGAUGACAGUCUGGUUCCCACAAUGCAACCUGACUGGUACCAUCUGCCUGUGAGUGGCUGGCUGGUGACCUUGAAAGAGUGACUUUGUGUCUCUGUUGCUUA